AGAGCUAGAGAUCUUAACACUAGAUCUAGAAUAAUCUAGAUCGUAGUACUGACAGGAUGGGCCCUUUGUUCUAUUGUUGAAUUAACUUUAUUAACGUUUUGUUUAUAAUCAUAGACAUGUGUUAUUCAGUGUUUACCUGUAAGUCUUUGAUCGUCUGUUUUCCAGCUUAAACUAUGUUGUCCAACACAUAAUCUAGAUUUAGAUUCUAUAGAUCUAGAUCUAUAAAUCUAGAUCUCGAUCUAGCUUUUGCUAGUUUUGGCGAUAGGAAAUGAGCAGUCCAGGCUCUGCACUCGAUAAAACAGUUACAACUGCACACGGAUUGAAAACCUUCCUCGAGACAAACCACAAAUCGGACUGAAGAAAUGAUUGCUGGGAAGCCAGGUGUGACAGGCCAAACUGGAAAGCGACUGGAUGACUUUGAAUUUGAAGGUUUUUCAGAAAUUGAAGUCAGGUCUGCAGAAUCGAAGCUAAAACAUGCAAUAGAACAAGAAAGACAACAUCAGAAGGAACAAGUUGAAGAAAUUAAACUUAGAGCUGAGCGGUCACAUGCAACUCUUGCUAGCUGGGCUGCUCCCAGCACCGUUACUAGUGCUACUAAAUUUAGAAAAACAUUUAACAAGAUUGUAGAAACUGGUCUUGUGGUGGAGUCUAGCAAGAAAUUUAAAAAAGACAAUGUUAAGGAAUUUAUACAAUCAGAAAUAGAGCCCCCAAAGUUGAAUGGCACUUCAAAUCAUCAAGAUAAAUCAGUGAAACAUGUUAAAUUAAAAACAGUAGAUAGUCAGCCACUUGAGAGCUCUAAAAAAGUAGUCACUGCAUCAGUUGCUUGUGAUUCUUCAAAUGGAUUCCAAGAGGCUGUGUUUGGAGGUGCAUUAUUUGGUUCAAAACCUACUUGCAAAUAUACAGCUGCAAAACAAAUACUGGCACGUGCGACUAAGCAGGCAGCAUUGUCCAGUACAAAACAUUUACUUGCAUCCACCCAUAAGGUGGGAAAAUUUGUCCUUCCAACCAAAAGCAGUAGGUCCUCUCGUGUCAUCAAGCCAAACAAACGAUUUCUUGAGGAUGACACUAUUCAUGAUCUAGUUACCAAGCAGCCAAAAAUUGUCUCACCAUUGUCACCGUCAUCAGCACCUCAACAAAACUCUUCUAUAUUCAGUCUAGGAGCAACUGAUGACAGAACAAGUACUUUUUCACCAUUUCAGGCACAUGGAUUAUCUUUAUCCCCUUUUAACAUGAACAGAGAGAAAGGCUUUCCUGCUUUUUCUGCAGCGCCUCAGCCAAGUGGGACUUCAAGCUUCACAGACGGCAUUGGUAAUCAAAAACCUUUAGGUUAUCUUGAACAACCUUUAAUUGUUGAAGGGAAGCGCACACGAAAACCUAGUCUAAUAAUGAGAAUGAAAUUGGUGGAGGAUAACCCAGAUGAUGAGAUAAAAUUGCAGCAACAGCUUUCAGAUACAGUAACACCUGUAAAGAUUUCUAGCAGCCCUGUUGAUGUGAAACCCAGUCCAGAACAAGCUACUGUUACCCCUCCAUCAACAUUGCUUAAGUAUGGCGGUACUAAAAGUCUUAUUGCACCAGCUAAACUGUUUACAGGUUCCUCCCUGUCAUCCCAGUCUCUAAAUCUGCAUAAAGGGGGAGUGCAAGCCCCUUCACAGAACACAGUUGUUCUUCGUCAACCCAAGCUCCAGCUCAACAGGACAGCUUUGAAUCGAUCCAAAGCAGCUUUAGCAAGGUCCCUUAAAGCUCAGCUGAAAAGAGAAGCUAAGCUUGAAAGAAAGAGGAGAAAAUCUCAGGCUAAUCUUGGGGGGUUGACAUCUUCGGUUCACUCCCCUGGUUCAUCUUUAGCCCAGCUAUCACCAUUCUCUAAACGUUUGGGUGACUCUGUCAUUGAAAAACAUAAAACUGGAUUGUUUGAAGGAAUAGAAGGAGCUGGGUCUUUCUCUCCAGCAAGUUUUAGUAGCCCACCAGCUACACCCAGCUCUGCACCCAAAGUACAACCAGAAAAGACAGAGGAAGACUUCCAAGCUAGUCUAAUCAAAGAAGAAGACUUGUUGAAAAUGUAUGUGGUUGGUGAGAAAAGUAUAUGCAUGGUAUGUCUUAAUACUUGCACUAUCAAACAGAACCGUAAGCUGCCAACAGUUCCACUCUGUAAACCAUGUAAGAAAAGUUAUUUCUUCAAGGUGAAAUCAAAUAAAAGAUACAUAACAACAUGUGCCAAUGGUGGCCAUUGCCACGUACAUUACACUGUGCCCAAAGAGUGCAAAGAUUGUAAGUAUAUCAAGUUCAGAGCAGUCAUUAAGAAAGCUCUGGCUCUUGGAUUACCAUUUAAAAAGGUGAACACAGCUACUACUGCUUCCAAACCAUUGCAUUACACCAAGAGUCGUAAAAGAAAGAAAAAACUGAAAUGUUUUAGGACCUAUGCAUCUGAUUGCAGUAGCACAUCAACAGAAGAUUUGAAAACUGAAACAAAUGCAUUUAUAAAGAAGCAAAGGCACAAAAGUGAUGACUCUACUUACAAACACAAGAAUGAAGACAGCGUGUCAUCAAAAUCAUUUAGCCAUAAAUCAUCCAAGUAUUUCAGCAAUGUCAAAGUUGAAGCAGAUGCAAACAGUCUGGACAAGCCCUUAUCUGUUGAUGUUGGUGCUGCAGAUGAACCAUUCAGUCUUUCUCCUCCACAAACACUUUCUUCCACUAAAUCGUCACCAGGGAGGACAAACAAAGCUCUAAAAAAAUCUGCUACCAGCUUUGAUACUGACAGCAAUGAACAUGGCGAUGAUGAGGAUAACAAGGGAAGUCUAGAUAAACCACGGGGCACCUCACGAGGCCCUCGUAUCAAACAUGUUUGCAGGCGUGCUGCAAUGGUGUUCCCACAUCAGCGGGCCACAUUUCCAGAAGAUGCUCCCCAGAGAACAACUCUUACUUUAAGUGCUCUGCCAACGGAAGAGAAACAGCAAUUGUGGGCCAAGACUAAAAGCAAAAAUGAUGAGGCUCCAUAUUCUUCUGAUGAAAGCUUUGACAAUCAUUCUUUUCCCAAACUGAAGAGUCUGAGAACAUUAGAGGAACCUUGUCAGGAAGAAGUUGAAUCUUUGGAUCAAAAGAUAGAAAAUGAAAUGGAAGAAAGUCAUGUGCUGAAGAAAAAGGCUGAAAGACCACUUGAAAAUAUUGAAGCUCUUGCUAAUAAAGUGAGAAAAAAGAAACAUGCUAGUGAAAUUGGGGUAUAUGAUCCCUUGAUGCCUCAUAAAAGAAAAAAGCGCUGCAGAGAAUGCAGAGGUUGUUUAACUCCUGAUUGUGGUGUGUGUGAAAACUGCAGAGAUAAACCAAAGUUUGGAGGACCUGGUAAAAUAAGGAAGUGUUGCAAAGAAUCUAUUUGCUUGAAUCCAAAAAACUCCAGAAGAGUGUACGCAGCAUUUAUUGACCCUAAAAGUCCAUUAAAGUUUCACAGGAAUGAGGAUGAUGAUAAUAGUAAAGACUAUUUUCCGUGCAAAGGGAACUUAACUACUCCUGGAGGCCCAGCCACAAGGUUCCAGGACAGGAGGAGCACUAGCAAUCACAAGAUGGAUGGGGGACGUGAUGGUGUGAAAGAUGAGGAAGAAGGAAUGGAUGCUGAUAGGAAUGAAGAACAGAACAGAAGUAGCUCUUCAUCGCGGCUAUGUGGGCUGGACAUGGAUGGCUCCAGGAUGAGCUUGAAGGCGGUGGCCAACAUAAACAAGAGACAUUUUCGCCAGGCUAAGUCAAAGUAUGCACCUGUGGAAACCACUAUCCAAAUGGCCCUAACGGAUAUAAGAAAUCCUUUUCUCUCUAGCUUACCUGGAAACCUUUAUGGGAAACUUGGAAUUAAGAAACGUGAAAAGUUGAUAUUGUCACUUAAGCAACAUUCUGCUGAGUUGAGGCCUGUGAAUAAUGAAACUGCUUAUUGCCUUGAUGUCCCACUGAAAACUCACCUCAUCAAGGCUGAUUAUAAAGGUAGCUAUUCUAUAACGUCUGCCUGGUUUCAAGGGUUUUCUUUGACACUGACUGGAACAACUUGUGUCAGGACACUGUGUUACCUGUGUGGCUCAGCUGGAAAACAAGAGCUGAUAUUUUGCGUAGUCUGCUGUCAGGCGUAUCACACUUUUUGUCUGGAUGAGGAGGAGAGACCAGAAGAGCCAGACAGUGAAGAAGGGGAGGAUGCUGAGGAUGGUCACUGUCAUGUAGCCAUAAGUAGAAGUCUAAUGUGGUGCUGCCGCCGGUGUCAGUUUUGUCAUGUAUGUGGACAACAGAAUGGACUGCUUAAGUGCCACAGAUGCAAAGACACUUACCAUCCCGAGUGCCUGGGCCCCAACUACCCAACACGGCCAUCUCGUAAGAAUAUAUGGGUCUGUACUAAGUGUGUGCGGUGUAAGAGUUGUGGGGCAACAACACCUGGUGUUGGCUCCAAUGCAACCUGGACUUAUGAUUUUUCUUUGUGCUAUGAUUGUGGAAAGCUUAUGGAUAAAGGUAAUUUUUGCCCCAUAUGUCAUAAAUGCUACUCUGAUGAUGACUGGGAGUCCAAAAUGGUUCACUGUGCCAUCUGUGAGAGUUGGGUUCAUGCCAAGUGUGAGGAGUUGACAGAUGAUGAGUACCAGUUGAUUUCACUUCUUCCUGAUGAGGUACAGUUCACUUGCCGUGUCUGUUCUUCUGAUAAGCCCCGGUACUGGGAGAGAGUGCUGAAGUCACAGUUUUCCAACAAUCUCAUGAAUAUACUGAAUGCUCUUGAAAGUUCUAAGUGUGCCCAGCUAUUACUAGAGGCAGGUCCACCUAGAGAAAUCAGGAAAACAAAACCAAACUGCACAACUUUUGAUGAUACCAAAUCUAAUGCUGGUGAGCCUAAGGAUGACGCAGCUCUUAUUCCCAAGGAAAUAAGUGUUGAGUGUAGCAAUGACAAUGUUUCUGUUGAACCUAAUUGUGAUACAGUGUCCAAUUCAGGUUCACUAAACACUAAAUUGAUAGAAAAAUGUGAUUGUGAUGGUGCAGUAGUGAUUAGCCUUAAAGAAGAUAAGAUAGGUGGUGCAGCAGGUGGGCUAAACGGGAUUAUUUUGGACAAUUGUACAGGGAUUAAUUAUAAGAAUAAUAGUGUUCACUCUGACUUAUCUGUGAUACAAACUUCUUCAUUGACUUUGCCUAAAGCAAGUUCCACAGAACUUUUGGACACAGGUCCUCCUAGUAGUUUCACAAAUGAGGAGGAUAGACUCAAAGUGCAAGGGCUAACAUUAGCUAAUGGUAUUAAUGCUAAAAAACAUUGCUCAAUAGAAAAUGCUGCGAGAGAUGCUCAUGAAUGUCAAGUCAUUAAAUCAGUGAAAAUUACCAACUGUGAUAUAAACUGUUUAAAACACGGAAUGAUCUCAAUUCCCUCUACUGCAAGUUGUGAUUCUCUGUCACCUUGCUCCAUAACAAGCAAUUCAGACUCUUCAUCCAAUACGGCUAGCCCAAUGAUGACUGCUAAAGCAUCAGUGAGCUCAACUAAAGAGCUCAAUGAAAACUUGACCAUUUCUACUGUCUGUCCUGAUCCCUGCAGACAAUCUGUCACAAAAAAUUUAUUCCAAAUUUACAGUUCUGUGUCUUCAAUGCCAAAAACAUGUGAAUCGACAGAUUUAUUGAAUUCAGUGGAUAUGGAUUUAGAAAAUAAUGAUUUAAUACUUCAUAGAAAUGGUAUCCCAGAAGAUGGUUCUCCAGAGAAAACAUCUCAGACUGAAACCACGCAGACUUCUUUCAUAGGACCAUCUGAUUUUGAUAAACAUGUUAGCUUUGAGUUUGACAUUUGGGAAACUUUAGAUAUAAAUGGAGAACACCCUAGAGAUUUUACAGCUAUUAAAAAUAAAAUUGAAACUGGAAGCUAUACUUCUGUGGAGGAGUUUAGUGAAGACAUGGUUCGUAUUAUACAAGCGUUACUAAUUCAAAAUGAAAACUACUCUACCCGAAGAAAACAAGCCAAUUCUGUUCGAUCCAUAUUUGCAAAGCAAAUGGAGAGAUGUUUUCCUUGGUUUAACGUGAAUACCUGCAAGUUGUGGGAACAUAAUAGAGGAUUACCAGUAGGGAUGUUGAAAGAUGCUGUACUGCCGCCUUCAAGUGAUCAUAACUAUGCCCAGUGGCUAGAGAGAAAGGACACACCCAUGACACCACAGCCAUCACAGUUUAAGAAAAUUUCCAACCUCAAGAAAAAUAAUAGCAUUGAGGACAAUUUUCUUUUCAAAAAAUCUUUGGAAGUCAUCAACCAAGGGGAGGAUACCCGAGCCUGUUUGCUGUGUACUAUACUAGGGGAUGAUCUUCCUGAUAAUGCUGGGCGCUUGCUUUAUUGUGGUCAAGAUGAUUGGAUUCACAUAAAUUGUGCUUUGUGGUCAGCUGAAGUGUUUGAAUCUCAUGAUGGUUCUUUACAAAAUGUGCAGGAUGCAGUCAGCAGAGGCAGAAAACUGAAGUGUGAUCUUUGCCAGCAAGUAGGGGCCACUGUUGGCUGUUGUGCUGCAAACUGUAGAGCUAAUUACCAUUUUAUGUGUGCUAAAAAGGACAAGUGUAUAUUUCUUGCAGAUCAAACCAUUUUCUGUAAGGCUCAUCCUGAGGCAACUGAUAUAGAGAUUGUUACUGAAGGACACUUUGAUGUCUCUAGGCGUGUAUGUGUUGAUUUAGAGAAAAUCAGGGCUAAGUCCUCAUGGGGUAAAGCUGUGGACCCAUCUACUCUUAGUGUGAUCAUAGGAUCAUGUACAGUGGAACAUUUGGGUGUUUUAAGAUCCAUUCUCUCAGAUACUGAGGAGUGCCUUUAUCCUAUUGACUUCUGCUCAACAAGGAUAUACUGGAGCACCCAAGAUACCAGAAAGAGAUGUGUCUAUACUUGUCGUAUUAUUGAAGUCAAACCUGCAGAGUUGCCAGAGAUUCACAUUCAAGACAUGAGGAUCAUCCAUGAUGAGAGUAAUCCUGAGUUUGUCCCCUUAGAUAAGCUUGGCCUGGAUCUGCUAGGCAUUCCAAACUUUCUGAAACCACCAUCUAGACCAGAUCUCACCUCUCCAGUUAAUGCAUCAAAAGAGAUGUUUCCCGAUCAUGUUUCAGAAACAGGGUUUGGAGAUUGUGAUGAGGAUGUCAAGAAUGAUUCACAUAGUAAUAAAUCAUCCCAAAAUUCAUUGUUGGAUAAACAUUCCACAAAGUCUAUUGACUUAACGGGUUUGUCACCAAGUACUCUGGCACUUCUGAAUAUCAAAGUCCCAGAAAACUAUAUUCCACCAGCAAGAUUGUGCAAAUCUUCUGUCUUGCCCCCAGUUGAGGAAGAGUUGGGUCUGGUGAGGAUAGCGGAAAGGCUAAACAAUGCAGCUUCUUGUAAACAGAGACAUAGCCUAGGAGAUAAAAGACAGAUCCCCCAAAAGCUAUUGACUUCUAGAAAUUUUACUUUCAGCAAGUCUCAGUCACCUUCACCUGUGGCUUUUCCCCAUCAGAUCCGACAGAGGUCUAGUAGUGAGGAGAGGUAUUCAAGCCCUCUCUCUCCACUUGCUCAUACCAAUGCUGUAGCUAGAGUAAACCUUGCAUUGCCUAAUGGUCUGUGGAGAGGGGUGAGAGCGAGGUCAGUGUCACCAUUUACUACCAUCAGAUGCGAGGAUGUUAGCCCUGUGAGGUCAGUUUCACUCUCUCCUCAGCCCCUUUUGAACUUAAUAACUUGUUUAGAAGCAAAAGAUUUGUCAGAUGAGUCACCGUUGUGUUUAACACAGGGAACUAGUGAAGCAGCAGAGGUGUCAAGGCAAACAAUAGAUUGCUUAGAGAAGACAAGCUUCGAGAGUAGUAGUGCUAAUGUUUUAGGGGAAGAGGCUAUCAAAGAUGUCUUAGUUACUAAUUCUGGUGAUAUGCCUGAAGAUCCUUUUAUGAAACCAAGCCUCUCUGCUUUGGAUAACUCUAGUGAAACAAAUCCAGUGCCUUUGACCAGAACAGUAGAUGAGAGAAACUGUCAAGAUAUUGAGGACUUGACCAAAGGUGAUCAUUUCACUCGUGACAAUGUCAAUGUUAAGGAGAAAGGGGUGGGAGACAAGGAUAGCCACCAAGAUAGUGCUAAAAACAAUAGAGAUGAAGUGAGAGGUGAAAGUGGACAUGCUCAGCAAUCAACCAAUGCUGGUCCAAGUCCAGUCAACCAUGGCAGCACAGAUGAUGGGAGUGGGGAUGAUGAUGAAAGGAAACCCUGCAGAGGUGGCACCAAGCCAGAGGCAUCAGAAAUCUGCUCAGAUAAGACAAAAACUGGGAAAACUAAAAAAUUGAAACCAAAAGAAAAUGCUAAACAGGCUUGUGUUGAAACAGACACGAAUUUGAAGUCUGAUGAUGAGUCUGGAAUGAGACCUGGAGAAAAUAAAUUAGAAGUUGCAGACACUAUAAGAUUUGGUGGUGCUGAAGAAGCUGAUGCUGAUUUGGAUUCAAAAAACUCUUGCAACACAGGAUUAAAGCAGUGCAACUUGAUGCUGACUGGUGGUGGCAAUGGGAACCUUGAGGACAACAACAUACAAGGUGAUUGUGAAGGUAAACUAGAUAAGGCUGGUACACAAGAAAAUCAAGACACAUCAAAUAUGCAUUUGUUUCAGUCCUCCUCGACCAGUGUUUCAUGCAUUCCAAAGUCUUUCCUUGGAGAUAUCCAAAGUACUAGUGAUGAUGAAAGUGAUUUUCUGAUGUUAGAUGAUCUCAGUUACAGUGAAACAAAUGAUGAAGAUGAGAACAAUCAUAGCUCUAAAAAGCUUACUCUAAAAACUGUUCAACAAGAACUUUCCAACCAUGGUAAAAACAAUGAAUCAAAGGAACCUCUUGCAUUAGUACCACUAGGCAAAUGCAGAAGAGAAAGUAAUACAGCCUCUUUGUCUGAUAAAGCCAUUAAUUCAUCCAAAUGUGACAUUUCUCCUCAUGUUCUGAAUUCUGAAUCUGAUAAAGUAAAUAAAAUAGAAUCUCCAAUGCUAGUUACUAACUCUUGUUACAUUGCAUUAAAGAAGCAGAACUUGCCAAGUGCUGUGCAUUUAAAUGCCAAACUGAGAUCUGGAAGCAAGCAAACAUUUGUGCUGAAAGAACCUGAGCAUGAUACUAAAUACAGUCAAGAAGCAGAAGAUUUAGAAUCAGCUGAAACUAACCUAGGUAAAGAUUUAGCUCAAGAUUAUAAUGCUGAUGUAAAGUAUAAAGAAAUUGAAAGCAAUGACCAAUUGAUAGAUCUGAGAGGUGCAAUAGCUUUGAAUAGUGAAGCAAACAAAUCUUUUUCUGAACUAGGAAAUGUUCCUGAUGUAGACAGUUCCUCUGCAGCAACAUUAAGUGGUGGCAACUCAGAUAGAGAUGAACAUGAUGGAGCAGAGAAGUCUGUCGCUGUAUUAAGAAGACCUGCAACAGACUCUGAAAACCCUUUGUUAGAUCUGGACUCUUCUGAGGAUGAGCCGGAAAUUAUUAAGACUGAAUUCUUUCAAAGUUCUGUCAUUUCACCUAGGACUAGAGCUUCCUCCAGGUUGUCGGGGACAGAUGAAAGCCUGCAUGAGAAGAUAGUUGAGAAAAUCAAAGCAGAGAGCCUGGCAAGGCGUAGCCCUGGGCAUGAAGGGCCGUUCAAAUGUUUGACCUGUAAGAGGAUGUACAGGACUAAGGAGAGCUACGAGAACCAUAUAAAGAGUUGUGACUUUGAGGUUAGUACUAGUGAUGAAGACGAAAAACCUAUUUCUAAACUAUUGAGGUCAUCUACCUCUAGACUAAGUGAAGGGCUUAACAAGUCUGUUGACAAAUCUGUGCCAUCUUCCUCUCCUUUAAAUAUUCCUCUUAGCAUCAUCAUCUCUGAUGAGUUCAAAGAAGAGAAGUUUUCACCCUCUAGUGGAAGGGAACUCUCUGAUGAUUGCAGCAGUGCUCAGAGCCAGGACUCUCGACGAUCUUCUCUGAGAAGAAGUACAAUGACCCAGAGAAAUGCUGCACCUGCCCAUCUUGCUAAGCUAAGACGCAGGGAUUCUAAAUCUACCUUAUCCCCUGAUGGAUCCACUUGUUCCUCUCUGCUGUCACCCACUAGGUGCUCUUCUAGAUUAGUUGAAGACAAACCUUCUCCGAAAGAGACCAUGCUUGAAGCUGUUGGACUGGUUAGCAGAAAGUCACUGGAGCUGUCACCUCAUUCAGAUUUAGAUGCUGUUGGUCCAGUAAAGCUGCAGCCUAGAAUAUCACCAUCAUCCAUGGAUGAAGCACCUAAAAGGGAGAAAAAGAGCCCAGCUCAGGCAUGUCCAGGAGGUAAUAUGCGGCCAAGCAUCAUGGCGGGUGGCCUUCCCAAAGCUGGUUCAUCUAAGCAAAAAAGUGUGACCAUCACUUACAAUCCUGUGGUUCUAGAAGAAGUGACCAUUAGCUCCAGACAAAAACGUCCAAGGCCUAAGAGAGUUUGGUGGGUAGAGGCCUCACAAGAUGCUAAUUAUGAUCAGGAGGAAGAUGAUGGUAAUUAUGAAGAGGAAGAGAAUGCUGAUGAUGAUGACAGUGAUGGGGGUGUGGCUUGUCGAACACGGAACCGCUUAUCGACUGACCACAAAGCCACAGAUAAGAAAAAAUCUCCCAAACCAAAUAUUAGUUCUCAAAAACUACCAGAUAUUAAUGCUUCAACAGAUAAUAUGAUUGCAGAAUCUGUUAGUAUAGCUCAGGAAAGUCCACUAUCAAAUAAUAUCACUGAUCAAAAAACUUUUCAAAAUAACAAUCAUGAUGGUCAGUUUAAAAGCAAAGCUACUAAAAAUAACUCUGAAAUGAACAAAUUUGAUUCAUCGAUGGAUACAAAUGUUGAAAUAGCCAGUAAUGUUGUAGAGACAAUUGCAUGUUCAGAAAUAAGUAAUAAUGAUUUGGAUCUAAAUAAAAAUGCCAGUUCAAGGAAAACAUUUAAUUUAAGAUCAAAAACUAACAAGAACCAAGAGUCCUCACAGUGCAGCACAUCAUUGCAAUCACCAAUGAAGAAGAGUGACCCCACUACAUUGAAACACAAAGGAAAUACAAAUUUGGACAGUCUUGAGAAAGGAACAACAGUUUCUGUUUCUCAUUCUCCUUGUGAUAUGCAGGCUCCUGUUGACAUAUGUGUAAAUACUGGCUUAAGCAGUGUGGCCUCCCAUGAGUCCAAGCUUGAUGAACCAAGCAUUGAGAAAGAUGAAGUUUGCUCUAAGAUGGAUGAAUGUAGUGAACAGAGGGGUGUAGUAGGUGAUAUUAGUACUGUGACAUCUCCUAUCCGACGGAGCAGCCGCUCUGCAAGUAAGAAGAACAAACUGAGUGAAUACCUUGCAGAGUUGAAAAAAGAGUUUAAAGAUGAGGAAGAGGAGUCUGUCGCUGAAACUUUACCCUCUGCAGACGUCAAAGAAAAACGGGGCAGAGGACGGCCAAAAUUAAUAGAGAAACAGCCAGUUGAAGCCUUAGGCAUAAAGAAAUUAAGAGGAAGACCCCUUUCCACUUCUAAACUUCAACUUGAGAAACCUGAAUUAAGAAAUUCUCAGGAGAAAGGUGUAUUAGAUUUGGAGAAUGUUGUUGAAGCAAAGGCUCAAUCCUCUUGUGAUGUUGAAUUGCCAUCUGAAUCCAUUGCUAAAAGUAUGGACAGUUCAGACCAAAAACUAGAGUUGACAUUAAGUGAGGGUUCAAAACAAAAAUCAUCUGUCACUGUAAAGCAGUCUGAGAUGUCUGAUGCUAGUGGUGAUAACAAGUCUGAUAAUCAGAGGGAUUCUUCUAGAAGUAAUAGUACAGCCACUAGCCUCAGUGUACCCAUACAAGUGUUAGGUUCUUCAUCCUCUGUUAGUAGUAGUGGCACAUCAGUAAAGGACAGUGAUGCCAGAGACACACCACCAUCAAUACAUCCUGCUAUUGAUGCCAUUAAGUUUAGUGGCCAGAAACUUAGGUUUAUAAUUAGGUCACCAAACAUUGAUGCUGCUCAAAAGAUUGGUGAACUCAUUAAAAAAAAAGCAUUAGCUUCCAAUGCUAAAGCUUCUGAAAUUAUUGUCUCAACAGUUGAAUCUCAGAAGGUAGAAAGUAGUGACAAAGUUGAACCCAUUGUUGUAUCAGAUCAAUUAGGUGAUGAUAGUCAUGAAGCAAAGCUGAAAGCUGGUUUUCAAGAAGAGGUGUCAGGCAAAGCCUUAGGAACUGAAAGUGUUGACAGUGGUGAUGUAUCUAGGUCUGUCAGUCCAGACUCCAUCUCUGCUGCCUAUGACAUUCAAAGUGAUGACUUUAGUUCUGAAACGUCAAAUGAUGCUGAUGACUACCCUAUCACUCGUCAAAGCAACAAUGAAUGUACAAAUAAUGCUCUCAUAUCUAAUAAAGAACACACAGAGAAAGUUGUAGAAGAGGAAGAUGAUGAUGUUGUGAUAAUUAAAGCUGUUGGCUUGCAGGCUCCAGAGCCAAGUGUAGCCCUAAGGCCACCACAAAAUAUAGCUUCAAAUUUACUCUCUGGAAUAAGCAACUCAUUUUCCUCAGCUUCAACUCCAAAAGAUAUGUCUCCUGUGUUAAGAUAUAUUCCACCACAGCAGCAGCAGCCAAUGUCCAUACAAACUAAUGUCCAUCAGACUCGCUUCACUCAGCCAUCUCUUAGUGUUAGUCCAGUUGGUCAGGGUAUUAGUCCUUAUAUUAGUCUUCAGCAAAACCAGGUGUCUCCACCUAGAGUUCAACCCCAAGUCAUGUUGUCUGGGAUGUCCACUGGUCAUUUCAUCCUGCAACAGAAUCAAAGGCCAGACUUAAUACAGCCUCAGGAGAUGACUCAGUCCAAUCUGGUACUGCAGAACACACCAAGUCAGUCCAGGGUUAUAAUUCAAAACUCUAAUCAGCCUGGCAUUGUCUUUAGAAACACAGGACCUUCAACUCUGUCUGUACCAGGCGCUAACCAGCCUAAUAUGUUAUUUACUAACAACUCUGCUGGUUUAAUGUUGCAACAAGCUAACCCUGCCUCCAUCAUGCAGGCACAGUCUACUCUGAUGCAAAGUAGCCAAACUGGACUUUCAUUUAUCUCACUUAAUAAUCCCAAUACAAUUAGACCAACCAUUAUCUCCACUCUUCAGCCUAUACAAUCACACAAUGCAUCCUCACUGUUGCAGCCCAAUAUGGGACUGAAUUCUUUAAUGCAAACUGCUACGUUGUCUGCUGCUAACCAACCAGUCAUGAUUGGCCAACCAUUUUUUGCUCAGACAGGUGUGUUCUUGCCUCAACUUGCUACUCAAGCUACUAUCUCAACCCAGCCAGCUGGGAUUGAGUUGGCCAGUAGACAAUUAUCACCAAAGCCAGCCCUCAGACAAUCUUCUAUUGUGAUAGAUCCCUCUGCCCACAUGCUUUCCACUAACUUAAAUCCAGCUCUUCUUAAAGGCAACCCCCAAGCGGUACCUUCACACAUUCAACUUAACAGGUUUGACCCUUCUCCCAGCAACCCUUUACAUCUGCCUAGUCCAAGCCUAAGACUGCCUCCACCAACUUUACCAUUACCUUCAUCCACAUCUUCAGUCGCACCUCAAAGUUCAUCUUUCAUAUCUUUGCCCAAGACAACUCCAGUUUUAGCUCACCUGGAUGGAGCACCCACUCAAGUCAACUACAUGGGUUCAUUUGACUUAAAUUCAUCCACACUCCAGUCUGUUUUCCAGAAGCAGCAGUUCAAUAAAGAUCAGUCUGAUAAAAUUACAGACUUGGUACAAAGGGCUAUCAGCAGCCAUGGACAAGAGAGCAUUCCAGGUGUAGAGGUGAAGUCUACCAUCACCAACACUCCCGAAGGACCUAGGAAACUGUACAGUGUUAUCAUCAAUGAAGGAAUUCUACCUAACCAAACUAUGAAUAGUUGCUCCAGUUCCUUAAGCACUCUGGCUCCAACAUACACAUCUUCUGUAGGAACUACUCCGGUCACUCAAAGACCCCAGUUAGCAGCAACAGAACAAAAAACUUCAUUGUCUGAUUGGACAAAGAUAUUACCAAGCUCUUCAUCCUCAUCAACAGUAUCAUCCUCCAGUCAGACAAAUAUAUCUAGUCAAACCAGUCCUGAUAACUUGUGGUCAGGGUCACGUACUGGCUACAUUUCUAUUCCCAUUAAUCAAAAUUCCAAUAAUACAAGACCACCUUUCAGGAGAGCACUAAAGCCAAACAUUUACAACCAUAGCAACAAAAGAAAGUCUGAUUUACCUCCAAGUGAAGAGCCUCAGUUGAAACGUCCACUUUUUGACAAGACAUUGAAAGAGGAUGGGGUAUAUUCAGGUUCCUUUAAACAGGUAGUUAGUCGAAACAUUAUUGAGAGCACCAGUUUUGCUAGUUGUGACACCCCAAAUAUACCAUCGUUUAUCCAAAGUAAUGGGGAGAUCAGCUCAGUGCAGUCAAAGUCACCACAGGUGACAUGUGCUGAAGGUGCAUUGACCUCAAAUGAGAUCCCCUCUGAUCAGCAACAACCCCAACAGUUUCAUAACAAACAGCUUGCUCCAGCAUCCACUCACAGGAGGGCCAGUUUCCCCAUCAUGUCCCCAUGUAAGAAAUCUCUAGCCAUCACUAACCCAGCCAGCAUUAUCAAAGAGAGAGCAAAAAAACAGAUCAUGAAAAAAAGUUUGAUGAAGGAUGUUCCAUCCUCUGUUGGAAUCGGGUUCAAAACUCCUGAGACUGAGAGGAUAACCACUGUAUCAAGAAGGUUGAAAACAACCAGUCACCAUCCUUUGAUCCACCAUAAGAAGGACAAUGUGGAGCUGCCUCAACCCAUGCUGGAGGAGGAGGUGGUGGCCACCCCAUUAGAUCAGGGUAAAGAUAUGCCAGUUGGAACAUCAGCUGAGUUGGAGAAAGUGAAACAUCAAAGCAGGCUCAGGUUUGAGAUUAGCAGUGAUGAUGGCUUCACAUGUCAAGGUGACACAGUGGAUGAUGCUUGGAAUCAGGUGCUAGAAAAGGUGCAGGAUGUCCGAGCAGCCUCCCGCAUGAAGCAAUUGUCAUAUGCUGGUAUAUCAGGCUGCAACAUGUUUGGCCUAGAUCAUGAUGCUGUUGUUUAUCUCAUAGAACAGUUGUAUGGAGCUGUCUACUGCCAUAGGAACUACAAGUUCAAAUUCCAUAAAUAUGACUUGGACCAGGCUGACGCUGAAGUCACAUUGAAUCCAUCAGGAGCAGCCAGAUCUGAAGCUUUUUCCACAAGGAAGCCAUUUGACAUGUUCAACUUUUUAAAGUCUGUGUACAGGACAAGGCCAGGAGAUGAUGAAAGAGAAAAAGAAGAAGAAAUGGCUCUGAAAUCAUCCAGGAGGGCCACAAGCUUGAGCCUGCCCAUGGCUAUGAGAUUCCGCAAGCUUAAGACAUUUGCCAAGGAAGCAGUGGAUGUGUAUCGCUCCAAGAUUCAUGGCAGAGGCUUGUUUUGUAAGAGAAAUAUAGAUGCUGGGGAGAUGGUGAUUGAAUAUGCUGGUGAGGUGAUACGAGCAUCUCUUACAGACAAGAGAGAAAAGUACUAUGAGAGUAGGGGAAUUGGGUGUUAUAUGUUUAGAAUUGAUGAUGAUGAGGUAGUAGAUGCCACCAUGCAUGGUAGUGCUGCAAGAUUUAUCAACCAUUCUUGUGAGCCUAAUUGUUUCUCCAAAGUGAUCCUGGUGGAUGGCAAAAAGCACAUUGUCAUAUUUGCUAUGAGGCCGAUUAAACGAGGCGAGGAGCUGACUUACGACUAUAAAUUUCCCAUCGAGGAAGUUAAAAUUCCUUGUUCUUGUGGAUCAAAACGUUGCCGCAAAUAUCUUAACUAAGUCAAGGGAAAAUAUCUCAACAAACUAAGACGUUUCUAACAGAUUCCAAUCUCCUCAAAUAUCGAAACAAAACCUGUAUACUAACUUAGUACCGUAAUAAUGAAUUUGAUAAAGAUUGAUUUUAUAUUUAUUAAUUCCCAUGAGUAUGGAGGGAGCAUGUCAGAAAUUACUUUUAAAAGAAUUUUUUUUCUCAUUUUAAAUUUCAAAGGUAGGGGAGGUAAAUAUUAGUGUCUUAUGUAAUAAAGAGCAUUUUUCUCUUCACUAUUUUAAACAAUUUGUUAAAAUACUUUUUAGGCAACUAAUCAAUAAAUAAAAGAUGAGUACAUUUGUGAUUGUAUUCUAGCCUGAGGCUAAGUAUGUUGUAUACUGACAAACACUUCUUUCAAAUGCAGAAAAAAAAAUAUUUUUUUUUUUAAUAUAAAGGAAGAAAAUGGUGUGAUGUGGACAUAAUGAAAAUAUAAGGUUUAUGAGAACUAUUAACAUUAUUUUAAAGCAUUUAUGUUUUAAAAUCAAUUAUUUAUUAUUAUUUAUUGAAUAAUUAAAGAGAAUGAAUAUCUAGAUUAUUAAUUAUGAGAACUUAUUAGCAGAAAAAAUGUCUAGGAUAUUUGAAGGGUUUUUAUAUUAUUUUUAUUGAUUUUUGUGUUCUUUGUAAUUUUUUAAAGAACUAAUUUAAGUAUGUUUAUGAUGUUUGUUUGUUUUUUUUACUGGCUGCCUUCUUGUGAAAUAUUUGUUAAGAUAUUUGAUAUGUUUUACGCAAUUUUGUGUUGUAAUCGCUAUUAUUAUGACACCUAUUGAUUCAACAUAAAAAUGUUUGCUAGAACUAAUGAACAAAACCAAUGUCACAGAGAACUGUGUUUAAACUGUUUCUUUCCAGCCCAUUUCUCUAUGCACAUACUGCCAUGAUCCGGUGUAGCUCAGUGCUAAAUGUCCACUAUACAAGUGUCUUGUCUUUGUAUGUUUUUUUUUUUUUUGGUUGGGUUUGGGGGGAGGGGAUAAUUUGUUUAUUAACAAUAUUCUGCUGCUAAUUGCUUCUAAUUAUGCAGAAUCACUCAACAAUAUAGUGUCAUUUUAAGAUACUUAUUUAUUUGUUGAGUUUUAUUAGUAGUUACAUGAAAUUUAGUAUUAAAUUAUACUGAAAUUGAACAUUUUUUCUUGAGGUAGUUAAAUAGAUGUAUGUUUGUAAGAUCUCCCACAUACAUGUGGAUUAUUUUAUUUUUUUUACCAGAAACCCAAAUAUUUUGUAUUAUAGGAAUCUAACUCAUAAUAAAGGGCCACUGAAGAUCUUUGGGUUGGGAACCUCUAAAUGUAUAUACAACUAAGCUGAUACAUCAUGUACAUUCUAUAACCACAGUGUGAAUGAAAUACUGAAUGCAUUGUUUCUGUGCUUUACACAGGACUGUUUCUCUUGUGUAUUCACCAACUGGUGUUCUGAUAUUAAUAUUUUUAUGUGUAUUAAAGUUUGUUUGUUUUUAAUUGGACAAAGUAUUACAUUUUUACAGAAUUUAGUGUCAUGAAUUUUUAUUUUGAUGUAAAAACAAAAAAAAAUUGGAAGAAAACAAUAA